GAAGACUUGAACUAAUCCACCUAUAUAUACCCCUCUUCAAAUGAACACACGAUCGCAAGAUCUUCUAGCCUUCACACAACAAGUUUCUCCUGGUUUACGGAUGUGAUCUACAGCAAGUUAGCAGGUGUGUUAUAUUGUCAAUCAAAAUGUUGGGUAAUUUUUUGAUGCGCAAACGUAGAGAAGAUGACGAAUUGGCUAUCAUCGAAGCUUUGUAUGCUAACGAUAGAAGCUCGGCCAACCACACACAUAUUCAUACAUCCAUCCUUACGGGAGAUCGGUACGUGCGAGAAGUUCUAGAAGGUCAUGAAUUAAGAUGCAAACGAGAUUUUCGGAUGGAGCGGUAUAUUUUUCGUAACUUGGUCCAGUGUCUUCGAGAGAGAUGCCAUCUAAGAGAUACGAAUUUUGUCUCAGUGGAAGAACAAGUAGGCAUAUUUUUAUAUGCCGUUUCAAAGAAUGCAACCAAUCGUACACUCCAAGGGCAAUUUCAGCAUAGUGGUGAGACCAUAAGUCGCUAUUUCAAUAUUGUGUUGAACGCCCUGAUGAUAUUGUCAGGAAGUGUAAUACAGUUGCCUCCAAUUAAUGUUCCUUUCAAAGUUGCAAGCAAUACGAAAUUUAUGCCAUAUUUCAAGGAUUGUAUUGGAGCAAUAGAUGGAACACAUAUUCCAAUUAGCAUAUCUCCAAAAGACCAAGAUCCAUAUCGUAACAGAAAGGGAACAUUGUCACAAAAUGUUAUGGUUGCAUGUGAUUUUGGUAAUCGUUUUGUCCAUGUCAGCAGCGGAUGGGAAGGUUCCGCUUCUGAUGCUCGCGUUCUACAAGAUGCUCUUGAAAAUAAUUUCUAUGUCCCCGAAGGAAAGUUUUAUUUGGUGGAUGCUGGUUAUGCGAAUACGCCUAAUUUCAUUGCACCUUAUCGCAAUGUAAGGUACCAUUUGGUGGAGCAGGCUAAAUGCAAUCAGCGGCCGCAAAAUCCUCGAGAGCUAUUCAACCAGAGGCAUGCACAACUAUGUAAUCAUGUUGAGCAUAUAAUUGGAGUUCUGAAGAAGCGUUUCCCUGUACUAAAGUGUGCAUCGCAAUACCCCAUCGACUCGCAAGCAGAAAUUGCGAUAGCAUGUUGUGCUCUUCAUAAUUUUAUUUGCAGUAAUGAGGGUGGCGAACAAUGGUUGGACCAAGUUGAAUCAGACAUUGAUCCAAUAAAAAUAAUUGAUGUUCCAAGUGGAGAUAUGAAGUAUACAAAUGAUAUACAUUCUCUCAAUGAGCAGCGAGUACUAGGUAGCACAAAAAGGGAUGAAAUAGCCGAUGCCAUGUGGAAUGACUAUCAAGACUAUCUCAGGCGGACUAGAAGAAAUACUGCAUAACUUUCAUUUGUUCUCCUAUCUAUAUAUGUUUUUGUUUAGAAGUGUACUGAAUAAAAUAAAUUCAUUUAUUUUAGCAAUAUUUUUUGGGUAGGUUGGAUGUCUCAUCGGUACAAUAAAAUAAAUAGAAUAUUAACAUUGUAUACGAGGAAUGAAUAAAAAGAAUAAAUAGAGUUAUUGUGCUUCCUUUAUUCA